AUGGGAUUACCAAAUGCGAGUGGGGACUUGUCGACCGAAGUAGAGUUAGAUGCUUUCAGACGCCUCUUUCCUCUACGUUUCUUUGAGAAACAUCUUUUAGAAUCUAUACGACCUGAUGCUCGACCACUCGGGAGAGCAAGAGAUACUACAUUAUCUCUAGGGGCCGUUGCAUCUGCUAAUGGUUCAGCAAAUGCAAAAAUUGGUUCAACUACGAUGUUGGCUGCUAUCAAAAUGGAAGUCAUGACCCCUUCGUUGGAAACACCUGAUGAGGGUUGUAUAGCAAUUGAUUUCCACAUGCCUCCAAUUGUUAGGCCUGGCAGACCGGCUGAGGCAGCACCAGUUGUGGCAAAGCAAUUAUCUGACACUAUUCUAAGCUCUGGCAUGAUUAAUUUGAAGGAACUGUCCUUGGUUAGUGGAAAAGCUGCUUGGAUGGCCUAUUUGGACAUUUACUGUUUGUAUGCUGAUGGUGCUCUUUUCGAUGCUGCAUUACUUGCAGCUGUUGCUGCAUUUUCUUAUUUGGAAAUCCCGGUAGUAUCUCUCAACGAUGAUGGAAAAAUAGUUUUAUCGGAGGAACAAGGACUAUCUGACAGGGAGCCAGUCAAUAAGGAGAAGAGAAAAGUGAACCUGGGCAGCAUUCCGUUUUCACUGACAUGUAUACUUCACAAGAAUUACAUUUUGGCAGAUCCUACCGCCGAGGAAGAGUCUAUUAUGGAGACGUCUGUAACUGUGGUUUUAGAUUCAUCUAGUCAACUUGUAUCGCUUUAUAAACCAGGUGGACCAGUUCUAGCAUAUACAUCUGCUAUCCAGGACUGCAUUGCAUUGACACGGCAAAGAGUGAUGGAGCUUCAAAUGAUUCUAGAGGAAGCCAUUUCUGGUAUGGAGGUUGAUUAAUCUAGCUGUUAAUCAUUUUGAGUGAUUUAUCAGCCAAGUUUUGUAAUUAAUGUUAGUAAUUC